AUGGCUUUCUGUGGACCCUCUUGUGCUGUGCCAUCUUGCGCCUCCGCCCCAGCUGUUGGCUUUGGAUCAGCUGGUGCCAGAGGUCUCGGCUAUGGAGGUCUCGGCUAUGGAGGUCUCGGCUAUGGAAGUCUCGUCUCUGGAGGUAUCGACUAUAGUUUAGGUUAUGGCUAUGGAGCUGCUGGCUUGGCCGAAUCCUCAAGAAACCUGGGCACCCUGGCCGGAGUCUUGCCCAAACCCAUCAACCAGGUCCCACCCUCCGAGGUGACCAUCCAGCCCCCUUCAGUUGUGGUCACCAUCCCUGGUCCCAUCCUGUCCGCCAGCUGUGAGCCCGUCGCCGUCGGAGGCAACUCCCCAUGUGCCCCUGGAGGUAUCGGACGCUUAGGUGCUGGCUAUCUCGGAGGCCGGCUGGGGCGUCUUGGUCGCCGUGGCAGCAUCAUCUGCAAUCCUUGCAACCUCCCCUGUUAA